CUUAGACAAAGAAGCUUCUAGCGUCGUCUUACGAUACACAGUCUAUUAGGGAAAAUGCUUUGGUGUGUGACUCUUAUUCUUGUCAGCUUUACUGAAUCUCGAUCAGAGAGUUUACAGGUUAUUGGUCCAGAAGCUCCUCUUGUUGCUGUAGCUGGUGAAGAUCUGGUUCUGCCCUGUUUUAUCAAACCCAACACCAGUGCUGUGGACAUGACAGUGGAGUGGUUCAAACUGGAUGUAAAGGACUCAUUAGUGCAUCUCUAUAGGGAUCAUGAAGACAAAAAUGAAGAUCAGGUUCAGUCCUAUACAGGAAGAACAUCACUGUUUAAAGAGGAGCUACAGAAAGGCAACACUUCACUCAAACUGUCAGAUCUCAGAGUCUCUGAUGAAGGAGAAUAUAAGUGUCUUGUUGAGGACAAACGAGUUUUGUUCUGGUACGAUGACAUCAUUGUGAAGGUCAUUGUAGAGGUUCUAGGAAGCCACCCAGUGAUAAUGAUGGAGAGUUUUGAUAACUCAGGAGGGAUUAAUCUAGUGUGUGAGUCCAGAGGCUGGAAACCUGAACCUGAUGUUCUGUGGCUGGACAGAGAAGGAGUCACUCUGACUGCUGAAGAUACACAGAUACACAGAGACACUGAGGGCUUCAGUGUGAAAAGCCACAUCACUGCUUAUGAUUAUAGCGACUCUAACAGGUUUUACUGCAGACUUCAGCAAAAACAUCACAUGAUGGAGACAGAGAUUAUCAUCGAUAGUAAAGUCUUUGAUGCUUGGAAGUGGAUUGUUGGGAUUUCAGUUUCAGCAUGUCUUAUUGCUGUUGGAUUGAUCGUAACUGCAGUUGUUUGUCACAAGAAAGAACUGCAGAGACAGAGACUGAGUGUGGAAUACGGUAAUUACACCUGAUUUUAUAAAAAUUUAGGAUUUUCUGUGAGUGUAAUAUUUACAGUUCCCUCCAAAUGUGUUGGGUUGUAAAGUCAAUUGUAUUUUGCUCUACACUGAACACUGGUUUGAGAUCAACAUGUGAACAUGCAACAAUAGAUCAGAUUUUCAGCCUCCUGACAUUUACAGCUAGAUGUGUUAAACAACUCAGAAAAUGGCACCUUUUGUCUGAACCUGUGUCUUUUCAAGUGAUAGAAAUGAUUGAAAUGUGACUGAUACGUGUCCCUUGUUGCCCAAAAGUGCACUGUUAGAUUGAUUCACGAUGAAGUACAGAGAUGAGCUACAAAAGUGAUGGAAUGGAAGAAAGGAUCUUCUCAUGAUCCAAAACAUAUGAGCUUAUCUGUGAAAAAUAGCGUCAUGACUUGGGCUUUCAUGGCUGCUUCUGCACUCACUAAUCUUUAUUAAUGAUGUAACUCAGGAUGGUAACAGCAGAAUGAAUUCAGAUGUUUACAUUCUGUCGGCCAAUUUACAGAGAAAUUCGCCCAGUCAUAUUGGAAGGAACUUCAACAUUCAGCAAAUGACCCAAAACACACUGGCAGCAAAAUACUGGACUUAAUCAGGGGGAAAAGUGGAAGGUUUUAUAUUGGCCAAGUCAAAAACCAAACCUUAACCAAACUGAGCAACAUUUCACCUCCAUUUCACAGCCAAAACUAACAAUAACUGAAAGAAGCUGCAAUACAAAUAUUGAAAGCAUCACAAAAGAAAAAUGCAGCAAAUGAAUAAAAGAUGUAAUUUUUGUACAUUAUUGUAUAUAUUUUGUAUAUAUGAUGUGUUUAACGUUACUUUAUUUGGACUAUAUUGUCAUUAAACUACAUGUUUUCACAGAGUUAUUAAAGAAGAAGCAGUAUGCAGGUAAGAAUAAUUCUUUACACUUAAAGGCCCCAGAUUAAAACCAUCCUAACUGUAAUAAUACAGCACAGAACUACCCACUUUUAGGGCUUUUGUUGCCCCACAUUGCUUCCACAUGCUCCUCUGCUUUCAGGUGCGAAUCCACACAGGAUGCAAAACAAACAUAGAGACAGAGACAUAAGCAGGUCAAAGUCACAGCACAAACCUCAUAACACAAGCAGGUAGCAACAAGUAGCCAAAGUACAAUAAUAGUCCACCAGCGCAGGUCUUUAAUCCACGAUGGUCACUGUCCAUAAACAGGAAAUAAUACACACACGGGAAAUAAUCCACGGGGAAAAUGGGAGAGCAAAAAUAGUGAAGAAAAAAAACAAACAGAAAAAACACCAGAGCCGAAAACCAAAACAAAGUGCAGCAGCAAAAAGAGCACGACUGAAGUCCACAAAAACAGGUGAAACAAAAAGGAAAAGUAACUCCAACCUGGUAAAAGUCCACUCGGGCAAACAGCAGCGAGUCCCUGAGAAAUAACUAGAACAGGAGGACGGUGAGAAAACUCACAGAUCACGACGUAACUGUAGAGAGAUCAUCUGGUGAAAAUCACACAGAAACACUUAAACAGCGCUGCCGGGAUUCAGUGGCUGCUGACCGGUAAGUGACGUCACCAAUGACCGCCGCAAACUGGAACUCCGGAGGAAUCCGCUGACAUCAAGUCAAUAUUCACAUCUAUUUUUUUACUGUUCACUAAUUCACAUUCAAUAUUACAGUGUUUCAGCAUAGAAAAGUCAAGUUUAUCGUCCGUGUUACUCAGUGUUAGGUAAAGACAAUCGAGCCUGGAGCAUGUUGUACAGUUUUGUGUCCUGACAUUAAAUAAACACACAAAGGUUUUAGUACAAAUUACAGACUUGGAGUAAAUCACUGUUCUUUCCCCUUCAAUGUUCAGCUUUAUGAUUGGAUUGAAUUCAGCUUCACUGGAUGAUGAUUUAAUAUUUUUACCUGUUUACUCAUAUCA